AUGCCGCCGCCCUCCCUCGUCUCCCACCUCCUUGCCGCGUCCAUCUCACCACGAAGACGCCAAGCAAAGCACCACAAGGCCCCCUCCGCGAGCCACUCCCUCUUCUCUCGAAGAGCUGUAUCCCAGCCGCCGCUCCACGCCUCGCCCUCCCCCGCUGCCGCCGGCGGGAGCGGGAGCGACGAGCUCCACCUCCUCGAGAAGCCGUCACCCACCCUCGCAGAGGAUGACGAGGCAGAGGAGGAGCCCGAGCCUGCUCCGGUGCUGUCCACAGAAGAAGCGCUCGCGCCUUUCCUUAAGUUCUUCCAGGUGAAGAGCACCGACCCCGACGUGGCCGCGGACACCGCGGCAGGGGCACGCGCGGAUGGCGUGGUAACGGAGGAGGCAUCGAAGAGAGAUGUGCUGUCCGCCGCUGGCGGGCGUGGGGUUAGUUACUACGACCCCAAGCCCGGGGACUUCGUCGCCGGCGUCGUGGUCCGGAGCGACGGGAGGACGCUCGACGUUGACAUCGGCUCCGGUGGCGAACCAGCGCUGAUGCUAGCCAAGGAGUCGGCUCCGGUGCCCGGUGAGGAGUUCCGGUACCUGGCGUGCGACGUCGCGUCCCAGCGUGCGGCGGAGUUCGCGGCGGAAGGGCGGGUCGGCGUCGUGGUCAGGCAGGUCAGCGGAGGGGGAGAGGGGGACGAGGAGGCGACGGUUGGGAGGAAUGGAAAGGAGAAAGGUGCGCGGGUGCUGCGCGCCGGUACGAUCGUGUUCGCUGAGGUCCUCGGUCGAACACUUGGCGGGCGGCCGCUGCUGUCCGCGCGCAGGCUGUUCCGGCACGUCGCGUGGCACAGAGCGAGGCAGAUAAAACGGCUAAAUGUACCCAUCAAGGUCAAAAUUUAUGAGUGGAAUGCUAGUGGCUUGCUGUCUCGAAUUGAGGGCCUUCGGGCAUUCCUUCCCAAGCCUGAGAUGAUGACCAGACCAAGAAAUUUCACUGACCUAAAGAAUAAAGUUGGUCAAGAAAUGCACGUCUGUAUUACAAGGAUUGAUCAAGGGAAUAACGAAUUGAUAAUUAGUGAAAAAGAAGCAUGGGCAGUGACAUACCUUAGAGAAGGGACUCUCUUGCAAGGUACAGUACGCAAGUUGUUUCCAUAUGGUGCACAAAUUAGGAUUGGCGAGACUAACAGAGGUGGUUUACUGCAUAUCUCGAACAUGACAAAUGGUGAGCUGAGAUCUGUGGCUGAUGUGCUGAAAGUCGGCGAGUCGGUGAAAGCUCUUGUCAUAAAAUCAACUCCAGACAGAAUUGCCCUCAGCACAAAGGAACUCGAGAGCGAACCAGGACUGCUUAUCACUAACAAAGAGAAGGUGUUUUCUGAGGCUGAAGAGAUGGCGCAAAGGUACCAGGAGCAAAUUGCAGAGCCACCUGGAUCCGUUGCCGCGGAAGACUCCUGCGACGAUGCUGUCCCCUUCGACGACGAAGCCCGGUCCUAUGCUAACUGGAAGUGGCUGAAAUUCAACAGGUCUGACGACGUGCUAAACCCGGAAUCUGGCGCCGAAUCGUGA